AUGGCAAUAUCCACCUUCAUUUUGUUUGCAUUAAUCGGUGGAAUUCUGGUGCCUAGGAUCAAUUGCAACAAUGGUCCUAAUGUGAUAACUGACGUUCCGGGACUAAUGUUCGAACUGCUAAUGGAACACAUGUCCGUAUUGGAGAUACGCCUCGAAGAACACUUUGGGAAGCAAAUCGAAACACUUGCGGAGAGUGUUAAAAAACUGGAGACGCUGAUGGUCCAACAAAUGAAGAUGACCAUGGAGAGUGAAAUGAAAAUAAAGAGUGGAAUUGCGGCGAUUGAGAAGCAGCUAACGUCUGUUGAAAAGGAAAUAAACGAUCAGGAAAAACAACUGCAAAAACAAACGGCGGAUGUGGUGCGUCGGAUGGCACGGAAGAUGGAGACCAUGGACCAAGCGGUCGGGUUGCAUCAGAUUGUCGGUCCCCACGGACAACUGCGGCCGGUCUACCGUGAACGUGUAAAUAUCGAAUCGCUCGGCAAGGGCUGGACAGUGUUCCAGCGUAAAUCAUCCGCGGAGGUGAACUUUGAUCGAUCCUGGGAAAAGUAUAGGAUCGGUUUUGGCAACGUGGAGGGCGACCACUGGCUCGGAUUGGAGACGGUCCGGGAUAUUUUGCAGGCGGGUGGUCGCCACGAGUUGCUGAUAGUGCUGGAAACGUUUUCCGGUGAGAUUGGCUACGCACACUAUGAUAACUUUUCGGUUGGACCCGAAAGCGAUAACUAUCGGCUCACUUCAUUGGGCAAAUACAGCGGAACCGUCGGUGACUCUUUGCGUUAUCACGAGAAUAGUGCAUUCUCGACGAGCGACCGGGACAACGAUAGCGUGAACCGGAGCAACUGUGCGGCAGUCUAUCAUGGAGGAUGGUGGUUCCACCGAUGUAUGGAGAGCUUCCUGAAUGGACGAUUCUACGGUGAGUCGGUAAACAAGCUUGAUGGCAUGGUUUGGAAGGAGUUCAACGACUUUGAAACGCUACGCAAAACCACCAUGAUGAUCCGGCCUUACAGUGCAGACACCGACACGAGUGAAUCCUAA